AUGCCGGAUGACGAUAAGGAAUCCUCUGUACGGGUGGCCGUCAGAAUUCGUCCACAGAUACCGCGUGAGCUAAUCGAUAUGUGCCGGGUGUGCACACAGGUCACGCCUGGCGAGCCGCAGGUUUUCCUCGGAUCCGAUAAGGCCUUUACCUUCGACUACGUGUUCGAUAUGACCACAACGCAGGUAUCCGUUUACAGCAACUGUGUCGAAAAAUUGGUGGACGGCGCCUUGAAAGGGUACAACGCCACGGUGCUGGCGUACGGUCAGACUGGCUCGGGCAAAACAUACACCAUGGGGACCGGGUUCGAGCGGGUAGUGCCGGAGGUGCAGGAAGGCAUAAUUCCGCGCGCAGUACGCCAUCUGUUCGAAGGUAUCACCCAGCUGCAGCAAAAUCCGUACGAUGAGGAUGGCACCUACCUCGGCCCGCUAACGUUCACCGUGGAAGCCCAGUUUAUGGAGCUGUACAAUGAAGAAAUCAUCGAUCUGCUCAAUCCCUACAAUAAAGGUGGCCGUGUAUUUAAAAUCUUCGAAGAUGCCAGCGGUGGCAUUGCGGUGGCAGGGGCGACGAAGAAACCCCUGACGGGACCGCAGGAAGCGCUGAACUGCCUGCAGCAGGGUGCCCUCGCGCGCACUACGGCAUCGACCCAGAUGAACGAGCAGUCGUCGCGAAGCCAUGCACUGUUUACAAUUCUCAUACGCCGGCAGCGGGUCCUGACGGCCGAACAGUGCGACAGCAUGGAGGGUGAUACGGAAACGCUUACGUCCAAGUUCCAUUUCGUCGAUCUGGCCGGUUCGGAGCGACUGAAACGUACCGGGGCAACGGGCGAACGGGCGCGCGAAGGAAUCUCGAUCAACUGUGGUCUACUGGCCCUGGGCAACGUUAUAUCCGCCCUGGGCGACAAAACCAAGAAAGUGUCCCACGUGCCGUAUCGGGACUCGAAGCUAACCCGGUUGCUACAGGACUCCCUGGGAGGCAACAGUCAAACGGUCAUGAUUGCCUGUGUGUCCCCGAGUGAUCGUGAUUUUAUGGAAACACUCAACACGCUGAAGUACGCCAAUCGAGCGCGAAAUAUUAAAAACAAGGUACAGGUCAAUCAAGAUCAGAGCUCGCGGAUAAUAUCGCAGCUGAGACGUGAAAUCGCUAGUCUGCAGCUAGAGAUGCUGGAGUACAAACAGGGCAAACGAUGCGUGGACGAUGAAGGCAACACGACCGUCACGGAUGUAACGCUGGAAAACGAAAUACUCGUGCAGGACAAUAAACGGCUCCAGCAGCGUGUGAAAGCAAUGCAGGACACGAUCGAUUCGCUGACGGAUCGGAAUGCUUCGCUGCAGGCACAACUGAAGCCCCUGCCGUACAUGAGGGCAUUGGCCGAUGCCGAUGGUGCUCCCAACGGCGCUGGCAAAAAGGAGGAUGGUUCCAACAUGACGUCCAGUGGGGGCGAAUCUCCGAUGCAAGAGAUCGUGGCUGGUUACAUUUUGGAAAUCGAGAAGCUGAACGCCAAACUAAUUGAAUCGCAGCAGAUGUGUCAGCAGCUGAAGAAGGCACAACCGACCCAGUCAAAGUUGAGGCUUCCCUUCCUGGAAGACGAAACCGAAACGGUCAUCAAUCUGGCCAAGCGUGAGCUCGAAAAGGAACGCGAGGUUCUAAUGUCCCGCUCGCUUCCGGGGCUGGAAAACGAGGGGAGUCUCGAUCCGGAAUCGGACAGCAACUCGGACACGGAAUCGGACGAUAAGGCAGAAGAACUGCGCGCCGAAAUGCUCGAGGUUAACUCGGACAUUGCGCUGAAGUCGAAGCUGAUUGAACAGCUAGAACUGUCGCAGCAGCGCAUGCAAACGAUGCGCCAACAGUACGAGGAAAAGUUGAACGUGCUGAACGCCAAAAUCACCAACACGCAGCGCGAACGAGAUCAGGUACUUGCGAACUUAUCCAACGGAGGUGCUGGUGUGCCCAGCACAAAGGGUAUCAACAGUGUGGCAAACGAUAGCGCUGCGAAGCGGGUGAAGGAGGACUACGAGCGGAAGUUGUCGGAAAUGCAGCGCGAACUUAAGAAGUUGCAGUCCGCCCAACGGGAGCAUUUGCGCAAACAACGCGAAAUGCAAGCACAGGAAGCACGGCUUAAGACGCUUCGCAGUGAGCUGGAGGAGCUGAAGCAGAUCAAGUACCGAUUGCAGAGAAAGAUGGCAGAAGAAAACCAUCGCCACAAGGAGCUAGAAAGCCGUAAGACGCGCGAAAUAGCGAAGCUGCGCAAGGAAAGCAUGAAGCUGGCGGGUGAGGUGAAAUCACUACAGGCUCAGGGCAUUGCCCGGGAUCAGAUACUGAAGCGCAAGACUGAGGAGGUUACGAACCUGCGGCGUACGCAGCGCGGCCAGCUGAGUCUAAAGGCGGCCGGCAGAGUGAAGCCGCAAACGUCGGUCGGUCUGCAGACGGUCAAGAGCAUGAAAACGAAGUGGGAAUCCCUUCAACGGACCAUCAUGCGGGCCGCCCGAAGCCGGCAGGCGGUGGUUGAGCUGGAGCUGGAGCUCGAUCGAGUCAUUCAGGAGCGCAACAUGCUGAGCAGGGAUUUGAUGAACCUGCGCAAGCGUAAGAAGGACGGUGCCGAGUCGUCGUUGCAUGAUCUGAUCUCGGAGGAGGACACGAUUAUAGCCAACAUGAACUACUUCCACGAUACGAUCGGCAACCUGCAGAACUCGAUCAUCCAGAUGGAGGAAAGCAAGGACAUGUCGUCGGAGCAAGAGAUGCUGCAGAACAUAACGAACAACAUUUCCACCGUGGACGAGGCCAAAUUCUUGCUGCAGCGACUGUGCCAAACGACGAUCGGUCAAGUGUGUGAGGCGGGACUGACCCAGGCCAGGUUGCGCGAGCGGGAAGCGCUCUUGAACGAAGUGCAGCAGGAUAGCAGCGUUCAGGAGCAACUGCUGCAGUACAUAUUAGAACGGGCGCCCGCGACGGCUACGUCCGAUGGAAGCUUCAGCUCGGCCCUGUCAGCGAACUCGUUUGCGAAUGGUGCCGGUAACCUGCCAGAGCAGGAUGAUCAGCAGCCUUCGUCUUCACAGCUGCGUACACAUGUCAUAGACUCCACCACACGGAGUCCGUCGCCGAGCACUAGCCACACGGAUCUCGACACUAUUGUCACCUACAGGAACUCCUCGAAACAAAGACGAAAUCCCGCCGUGGUGCCUUCGGUGGCCACCAUUCAGGAUUUGCUGUACGGCAGCAGCUCCGGAUACGUCGGCCCGGGCGGCGGUACUAAUGGCGUUGGUGGAGCUGUUAGUGGUAACGUUGGUGCUUCACCAAUGGACCCAUCUGCGGGCAGCUAUCGGAGCUCGUCCGGAUUCUCCACCUCCAACGCUGCUGGUACCGUCGGGGGAGCCGGCGCUGUCCAGGGCAGCAGUGGCGGCAGUAAGCUUGAGAAAGUGGGUAUUUGUAUUUAUCUCGAGGAUUCCGCAGAUGACGAUGACACGAAGCACCCCUCUCUGCAGGAGCAGCAGCAGCACGAUAUAAUGUCCCGCUCGUACACGGUACUGGGCGGUGCCAUGGAUCCAGCGGCGGCUGCCAGUGCCGGUUUGCCGACGGCACCGCCAGCGGUUCCCACUCGCACCUUCGUUCCGCUUUCACGUGUUCCCAGCGCACCCGGUUCGCUAAAAGGUCUGCAGCCACACCAGAGCAUAUCGCGACAGAACAGUACUGCGUCCCCGCUGCUUUCUCGAAAAUCGUUCGAUGCAAAUGGUGCUCCUGCGUCGCCGCGUAUAAGUCGCAGGACUUUCCCCAGCAAGGUGUCCCCUGGAAUAGAGGACUCGAACGAUGUGCCCACAUCGCCGCCGGUGUAUCGACGAGGUAUAUCUCGCGAGGAUAAUGGUGAUGUCUUUUCACGACUCGGUGCCGGAACACAGGAUCCGCAGCCGGGCGGAAAUAUCAAGGAGCUGAACGCUAAGAGUAGAGCUGGUUUACCGUUGAUCUGCACCCAUGUGGUCGAAGGCCAUACGAACUCGGUGCUGUCGAUAAAGGUAUCGAACGACAUUCUGUUCACGGCGGCAGCCGAUCGUACGGUGAAGGUGUGGGAUCUUCGUUCCAAUUCGACCCCACACUGCUUGACCGGCCACCUUGGCCCGGUUGCGGCCGUGGAGUACGAUCCGAUGAGCAAUCUGCUUUUCUCUGCCUCGGGAGCAUUCGUCAAGGUGUGGGACCUGCGCAAUAGUAACGUUCGGCCGAUCAUUACGCUAUGCUCCUCCGGAACGACUCUGCCAGCCGCUGCGUCCCUCUCCGAUCUGGUUCCGGGCGAAAGCUCGAUUACAGCGCUCACCAUGGGCGCUUCGGGUAAGCUGUACACCGCGGCAUCCGAUAAAGUCCGUUUCUGGGACCUUCGGCAAUUUGCCUGCUUGGGUCGGCUGUCCGGAGGACAUCAGGCGGCGGUUAUGUGUCUAACGGCAUGGGAGGGCCCAAAUAGUACCGACCUAGUGGCAACCGGUUCGAAGGAUCACUACGUUAAGGUGUUUGAGGUCAAUUCGACCGGAGGUGUGGUGCAACCGCUACUGAACCUCGAACCACCGCACUACGAUGGUGUACAGGCUCUAGCCGUGGCAAACGAUGCCAUCGGAGUCGAUGCGGAGCUGUUUUCCGGGAGCAGAGACUCCGGGAUCAAACGGUGGGACCUGCGAAACGGCGAGCUCAAACAGUCACUCAACAACGCACACAAGGGCUGGGUCUCCGGGAUGGCCAUUUAUGGGGACAUUCUGCUGUCUAGCUGUCGCGGUGGCGUUAUUCGCUUAUGGAAUAUCAAAACUUGCGACAGUCUGGCCGAAAUGAAGACGGAACAGUCGAUCAACGACAUCGUGACCAGUAAUAAUCGCGUUUUUACAGCAUCCAAUUCCGGGGAGGUACGAAUCUGGCGAUUCGUUACCACCGACUGGGAUUCGUUGAGCAUCGCAUCGGCCGGCAACUGUUCUAAUGUUGCCAAUGCUGCUCUUGCUGCAUCCGGCAUUGGUAGCGGUGGUGGUGGUGUUGGUGGUGGUGGUACGGUUAAAGCAAAACGCUAA